UGAAAGCUAUCCAUCCUCUCUGUCUGAUCGUCAAGUGUUUGUCUGUGGCAUCAUUCCCUCGUCUCCCCGUAACUUACUUUUUCUUUUUUUAUUUUCUCUUACUUCUUUUUUUGUGUUUACCUUCAUUCUUUAUCCCCUGGACCCGUCGUCUACUACGUUGGUAGAACUUUCCUCUUUACGGCACAUUCGUUGUAUUUUCAACCUGACUCCCCGCGGUAUAGCGUAAUUGCGCGUCCCAUCAUCUUGUCCACUUAAUCCAAUACGACGGCACCCCCGAUCGCGAGUUUUCUUUACAUUGACGUCCGAUCUGUAGAGGUCCAAUACAAUACGAGGACGCUACAUCCAGCUCCAACAUUACAUACAUUGCCUCGAUACCGGCCUAAUCUUGUCUUAAUUGCACAACCCAGCAAGCAAGCACACGGUCAAACGGCCCUCAAUUCGCUGCACAACCUAGAGAGGAAACAUACCUAAUCACAAAUCUCCAAUCGAAGAGGUCUGGCACCUGAUCUUUGAAGUAGCUACCUUGUCCACUCCAAAACCUUCGUCCAGCGAGCAACGAGAAGGCACUUUUGUCACAUCAAAGCCAACUGAACCUAACUUGAGCACAACUCUGUGUCUUGUGCGCACAUCCGCCGACAACCUUAAGCCUUUUUAUUUCUAUUUUCUACGCCGAAACAGUUUUCUUAUUAAUUAUAUUCCCUUGCUUGUUUUAUUCCUUGAUACCUUACUUGGUUUAUUUCCUUUAUCCCUACCCACCACAUUAAUCGGUCCGUGUGUGCUGCUAGCCGGUACCACACGACAAACAGCCAAGGUCUGCACGUCGCUCGCCUUCGAGGCGUCUGGGUCCGAGUUUCUACUCUAUUGCCCAACCAGCGUCGACGUUAGCCCGACAAGACUACCGCCUGGGCCGUGACGAGUCCAGCUUAUAGGCGCCAAGGCUAUACUAAAAUUUUUGAGCCACCACUGAAAAAGAGGGCCAUCCACUUUACGGGUUUGGCGGGGAACAAGACUUACGAAUUGAGUGGCAGACGGUACAAGGGGAGAGCAGGGUGCCAGAGAAAAGAAAAAAAAGCGGGGGACCCAGGUCCUGCCGUCUCGGAACUGAGCGCAGCCACAUCAACUGCGACCGAUCUUAUUAACCCAAAUCCCCCCCGCCCUGUGGUUCCACCAUCGACCCUAUCAAAACCCAACUGAACCGCUCGCUGCCCCCCCCAAACUCGACCUGCAACGAGCUAGGUGCGACUUCUUCGCACAUAUACGCAGCAAUUUCUCUGGACCACACCAGUCUGGACAGAAACAAUCUUUAACCCAAAAGAAGAGAGUUAAUUGAUUUCGGCAUGUCGCUCAAACAGGAGAUAGAAACGUGGGUAACGGCCUUGGGCCGGUACGACAACAAUGAGUUCGAGGAUGCUCUUGGGGAAUUUGACAAGAUCUCAGAUACCUCGAAGAUUCUUUUCAACAUGGGUGUGAUCCACGCCACGCUUGGCGAGCAUGAGAAAGCCGUCGAAUGCUAUCAACGGGCCAUUAAACUUGAUCAGUACCUUGCUGUUGCCUACUUUCAACAGGGUGUCUCAAAUUUCUUGCUGGGUGACUUCGAGGAGGCUCUCGCCAACUUCAACGACACCCUGCUGUACCUCCGAGGCAACACAAUGAUCGACUACGCUCAGCUUGGUCUCAUGUUCAAGCUCUACUCCUGCGAGGUUCUCUUCAACCGUGGUCUCUGCUAUAUCUACUUGCAGCAGAAGGAUGCUGGUUUACAGGAUUUGAACUACGCAGUGAAGGAGAAGGUUGUUGAGGAUCACAACGUCAUUGACGACGCAAUUCGGGAAGAGGCCGAGGGCUACACCGUCUUCUCAAUUCCAGUCGGAGUUGUUUAUAGGCCCAACGAUGCGAAAGUUAGAAACUUGAAAACGAAGGAUUACCUCGGAAAGGCACGAUUGGUGGCUGCGUCGGACAGGUCCAACGCCUUCACCGGAUUCGCCGGUUCCGAGAUCAAGAACUCUGGCAAGGCCGAUGUCAAGGACGAUAGGCCCAGUGAUAACAUUUCCUUUGCUGCCACGAACCUCGUCAAGCCUGGGUUGCAGAGCAGAGCUCGGCAACAGUCGGAGCCACCCAACAGCAGGAACGUGUUUCCUCCCACGCCGCCGCCCGAGAAUGACAAGCAGAGUAUGAGUCGUGCGGCUUCUGUCCGCAAUGGACCAAAACCAAUGCCAGCCAAAUUGAACAUCGACAGGGCAAGACCCAAUGACCGCUACGAACGUACCACAUCUCCCCAGGAGCAACGCUCGAGGGCUCCCAGCCGAGCUCCUUCUAACGCACCGUCGCGAGGCUACUCGCAGCGCGAGCCGCCGCGGAGAAGGCCACGAUCCCAAGAGGAGGAUGAAGGGUAUUUGGAUGAUGUCUACGACAACUACGGAGCUGGUGGCGGCGGUGGCAGCAUCAGGGGCAGCCGGUCACAACGCAGGGCACCGCAACAGAGGUAUAUCGAGGAGGAGGACGAAGGUAGCGACUUUGACGAUGGAUCUUUCGAUGAGGGCGACUUUGAGAUGGUAUCCAACCGCCGUCCCGGAACAAACUCUAUGUCGAGCUCGUCACGAGGUCAGUCAAGGAGACCAGACAUUCGCAACAUCAAGGUCAAGGUGCACUACACGGCUACAGACGACACGAGGAUGAUUUUGAUCGGAAUGGCCUGCGAGUACUCGGAUUUCGUCGAAAAGAUCCGCAACAAGUUCAAGAUUGCAUCCCGACGCAGUGUUAGGAUUAAGGUUCGCGACGACGAAGACGGCGGAACAAUGAUUACCAUGGGUGAUCAGGAUGACCUGGACAUGGCCAUCAUGGCAUCAAAGUCCAUGGCCCGGAGGGAAAGGUCAGACAAUGGAAAGAUGGAGGUUUGGAUUCAGGAUGCAUGAUAAAGCGAGCGAUGGUUUUGACUUCCUAACUGCAACGCAUCUCAUAUACCCCAGCACCCGAGUGCGUUUCUUGUCUAUACGAAGUAAUGAUGGCUUCUACCUGGCCAUUCGUCACCAUGAGUUGUCAGCCAACUGACUUUCUGACGUCUUGGGCGCACGAGGCAACCAUCUCUACAUAACAUGGUGUUUGGCCGGGUGAGCCGAUCUUUUUAUUUUAUUUUUUCUUCUCGAACAUGAUCGGGCCGUUGUUUGCGCCCGUCAUGAAUUAGCAUUAAACAUACUUUUUAGAGGGCGGGUUUUUUUUUUAGUUUCUACCCAGGCAGGCGAACUUUGGAUUUUGGCUGGUUCAUUUCCUUAAUCUUCUAACUGCAUGUUUCCUUUUUGCUCGUUCGUAUAUCAACAAAGCAAGUCUGUCCUAAAGAAUUUCUGUCACGUUUCACUUUUCUUAUCCUAUUUUGAUUUUGAUCAAAUCUAGGUUAUUACGGGCUACGAAAUGAGUGUUGUUCCCGGCCCCGAUAUCAGUCUUUUUUUUUUCUUUUCUAUUUCUUGCGUCAAAGCAUGGGAGUCCGAACCUGGCCCUGGAUAUAGUUAGUCUAGAAUCACUGCUUCACAGCAGGCAGAAUACACGGGCAUCACCGUUCAAUAUGAUCUACCGAAACAACAUCUAUCCUGAC